UUCGGUUUAUGACCCGACCCGACUUCUACGUUAGUGGCGCUAUCCAAAGCUAAUCCAUACGCCCAAACUCGGAGUGGGAGAGAAAGGGGGAACGAAGCUUCUUCAUCUCCGCCAUGGCUAACCUUGCGACCUCCUUAACCUUCUCUUCUUCUUCUUCUUCUUCUUCUUCUUCUUCUUCUCCUCCUUCUCUAUGGAUCCUCAAACAUAAAUCUCCAAAUUACUGUUCAUUUAAACGACUCCAUUCUUUCCCUUCAUCCAACCACUUCGACUUCACGAAGCUCGUUUCUCUAAGGCAUAACCACGGGGCUAGGUUUCCAGUGCUUUUCACUGUUCUCGAAAAUGAAUCCGCGCUUACAGAGGAGGUCAUCGCGGAAGGCGAUGUUAAGAGCGAAGGCAGUGUUUCAAAUCAGGAAGUGAAAAAACAAGCACGUCCUUGUGAACUCUACGUUUGUAAUUUGCCGAGGAGUUGCGACAUUGCAGAGCUGGUUGAGAUGUUUAAACCUUACGGCACAGUCUUGGCUGCUGAGGUUUCUCGGAAUCCAGAGACUGGCAUAAGCAAAGGAUGUGGCUAUGUCACAAUGGGUUCAAUAAACUCCGCUAAAGUUUCAAUUGCAGCAUUAGAUGGUUCUGAUGUUGGUGGACGUGAAAUGCGCGUUAGAUUUGCUGUUGAUAUGAAUCCCAAAAAGAGGAACCUUAAUAACUUGCAUUCAUCACCCAAGAAGAAUAUAAUAUAUGAAAGUCCUUACAAAGUAUAUAUUGGAAAUCUUGCUUGGGAUGUCAAACCUGGAGAUCUGAGGAACCUUUUUAGCAGAUUUGGAACUGUGGUCAGUGCAAAAGUUUUGAACGAUCGUAGAGCUGGAAAGAGCCGUGUUUACGGGUUUCUGUCGUUUUCUUCAGCUGCAGAGCGUGAUGCAGCAAUUUCUUUGGAUGGAACAGAGUACAACAACAGGAAACUUGUUGUUAGAGAAGGUUUGGAAAGGAACGAGUCUUGACUGCAGAUAGUCUUCUUGCCCAAGAUUGAGGGUUGAAGUUACUGGAAAAUUUUGUUCCUGUUAAGUUCUUCCUCACCUAAAACUCAUUCUAUUUCCUUCACAAAUUCACUCCAUUUGUGAGUUCCACCACUCAAAUUCAAGGCUAAGAAUAGUAGAGAAGAUCUCUUGGUGGUUCACUGAAGAUUUGGAGAUGAGGAUUUGUGAGGAGCAACUUGCAUUGGAGGAUCUUCAAGGUAUGUGUUGAAACCUUCUUAAUUACUUAUGAACAUGCUUAUUUUGAUGUCAAAAUUAUAGAAUUAGAAUGCUUAAUGUUCAUGUUUUCUUCCGUUGCUUAUUUCUGUAUUUCAACAAUAUAUGUUGUGGUUGUACCUGAUGAGGACUAAGAAAAAAGAGUGUGAAGCAAGAAGCUAGAGGAAGAAUUUGAACAAAGAAAACAAUUGUAGUUGCGUCUAAUGAGGAACAAAAGAAAGGAGCGAGAAAUUCGUUUGAGCAUCAGUCCCUCGCAUGUAGUUUGAGGACAAAAUGGUACUUUCACACACGGUUGACAUAAGCGGAAAAUCAUUUUUUUGAUCGAAUUUGAAUCUUGGGCCAAAUUUCAUUUGGGCCCCUAAAAAAGGGCCUUCCAUACAAAAACUCCUUGUGAACACCAUUUAUUGUAUUGUUCACGUAAAUUUAUGUGAUAACGCUAACAUGUAAAAUUGAUU